CUGCCGUGAAACCCUCAAAGAAGAAGACGAAGAAGAAGAAAAGUUUCUGGUAGAGCAGGAGGGAGGAGACUGCGGAGGUAAAGAGUAGUAAUCCGACAGCGAGCAUGACCGACGCCGAGGCGCAGAGCGCUCCGCCAUCUGCACCUGAAGAGGACCAGCCACAGCCGGAGAGGAAGAUCAUAGCCACCUUGGUCCAAGGCACAGUGAAGUGGUUCAAUGUGCGUAAUGGAUAUGGCUUCAUAAACAGGAACGAUACCAAAGAAGAUGUGUUUGUCCAUCAGACUGCUAUCAAGAAGAACAAUCCUAGGAAAUUCCUCCGCAGCGUUGGAGACGGGGAGGUCGUAGAGUUUGAUGUGAUUGAAGCCGCCAAGGUGUCCCCGAAGGGCUCUGAAGCAGCCAAUGUAACCGGUCCGGGCGGCGUUCCGGUCAAAGGCAGCCGUUACGCUCCCAACAAACGCCGCUUCCGUCGGCGGUUCUUCCCCCGCAGCCCGAGGCCUGACGACGAGGGCAAACCAACUGAUGGACAAUCCUCCGCCGUUGAGGGCGAUGGAUCGGGAGAGAACGAUGGAGUGAGACCUCCGCAGCGCCGCCGGAGGCCCCGCAGACCACGGCAGGAAGCACAAGAAGGUGAGGCAGGAGAGCAAAAGAACGGAGUGGCAGAAGGCGACCAAACACAACGACCGCAACAGCGCAGAUUCUGGCGCCCAUACCGCAGACCGCUCCGUCCUCGCCCGCCUGCUCCUGAUCAGGCAGCAGACGGUGAGCAGGCAGCAGACGGCCAGCAGGCCGCUCCAGAAGAGAUCCAGGAGCAGGGCGAAGUGAAGCAGACCGAGGCCCCCGAGGUCCCCCAGACCAACGGAGAAGCAGCCGAGGGCCAGCUACAACAGCGUCGCCAGUCUAGACGGCGCAGGCAAAGGAACUCCGAGUCCUCUACCUCGAAAAACGAUACAGAGAAGUCUGCAUCAGAGCCAGGUACCCCCCCUCAGACCUCCAAACCAGCUGACCUUAAAUCCACAUCAAAAUCACCAAAGGCCUCCCCCAAAACCUCUCCUAAAACGCCAAAAUCAUCCGAGGCAGCUGCCACAACAGACCCAGCACCAACAGACCCAGCACCAACAGAGUGACGGCAGUGAGAGGACAGUCUCGUGACCCUUGUCCUAGGGUUGGAGGACUGGACCGUUUUCAGAACACAUGCACUGCUCUCCCCUCCCUGCACUUCCCCCAUCCUCCAACCCACCCCGUCUUCGCCGUCAUCCCUCGGGCCCCCCUCCCCUCUCAUCUUGUCUCGUGUUGUCCUGUCUAGACACUGACGCUUGGAGAGGGAUGAGGUAGGGAAAUAGGGGGAUGCAGGUGGGUGGUGGGUGCAUAUUUAGAAAUUGAAAGUACAUCUUUAAAAAAAGACAAAUGGGAAAGAAUGGACAAUCUGCUUGGUAGCCCAGUUAUUCCAACCCCCCUUUAAAAACAAUUUUUCUUUAAUUGCUUAGAUGGGACGCAUCAAGUAGUUUGUAGAGGAACCAGCCUUGAUUUUUAUUUAACUUUUUUUAAAUUUGGUUGAAGAGGGGAAAACCAAGCAGGUGUGAGGUUGGUGGUGCAUUGUGGGAGUCCGUUUAGUUCUGUUACCACCUCAAUCGAUUCUUAAAACCUACGACUCCCUUCAUCUCCUCAAGUUGAGGAUAGAUUGAUGAAAAGAAACUUUAUUUUUUUUGUGUUUUACUUAUUUGUGUGUGCUUUUCUUUGGAGGGGAUUAUGUGCAAUGUCAGUAGUUAAGAUGGUAAUUAAUAAAUCAUGUUUGCAAAUCUCA